AUGGCUGCUGCUAAGUGUUUGGUGUCUCUGAUGGUGGUGCUGCUGGUUGCAGUGUGUGUUACUCAUGCCCAGGAGAGGAUUAAGAUGUGUGGGAGAGAGUUGAUACGUCUGGCCGUCUCAUCAUGUGGUAACUCUCGGCUAAGGAGAAGCAUCCUGGACGUAGAACAUCAGUACACUUCUCACUGGGACCAGGACGCCUCCACAGAGGAGCACCAGUCUAUGGAGGCAGAGUCUCACGGGGAAAAGGAUGUGUUCUUCUUGGCUCCUCACUGGUACCGUGUGUCCUCUCGGAUUAGACGAGCUGCUGGAAAAAUAUCUGAUAUUUGCUGUGAGAAAGGAUGCAGCAUGAAAGAGUUGAUCCAGUUUUGCUAG